AUAGAUGUCAAGUUACAAAGGAUGCCACCAAGGGAGAAGGUUGGUGUGGAAAAAUUCUUUACACUAUCCCUCCAGAAACAACGUCAGACAGUGAUUCAUCUGAUUCUGAAGAAUACGAGGAUGCUGACGGAGGGAAGAAGCUGAUGACACAGAUCGAGGACAUCGAGAAAGCUAUCAAAUCCAUUGAUCUUGGUGCCAGUCAAAGUCAACCUCAAGGUGCUUCAGGAGGCCAUGGUCGUCAGCAGCAGCCCAGUAAGCACCAACCCCAGGGGGACAGGCGUGUCCUCCCCACCCACGCACAGCCCCUCCCUGCCCACGUCUUACAGCAGAUGUAUGCCCCCCACCCCCAGGGGCAGACCCUGUAUGGGGGCAGGAUGACGGCCACCAGGCUGCAGCAGGUGGCAGGAGUGACAUCAGAGGCAAUUGAGAGGCUGCACAAGUCUCUGGAAUCCUGUCCACCCCCAGAUGCUGAAGUGGAAGAUCCAGCCUGCCUCCGUGUGAGCCUGCUUACCCAUCAGCGUCAGGCUCUGGCCUGGCUCACCUGGAGGGAGGGGCAGCAUCCCUCAGGAGGGAUUCUGGCUGAUGACAUGGGGUUGGGGAAAACGUUGACGAUGAUCUCCCUCAUACUGACUCAGAGGCAGAACACUGGUGCACGCAACAAGACAAAGGUACCAGUUCCGGAGGGUGUUGUGAAGUCAGGUGCCACCCUGGUGGUGUGUCCAGCCUCGCUGAUUCUCCACUGGAAGGCUGAGGUGGAGCGGCACACAGAGGAGGACACACUGAGGGUGUACCUGUACCACGGACAGAACAGGACAAAGGAUCAUACAGAGCUUGCGGAGUAUGACCUUGUACUCAGCACCUAUGAGCUUGUGCGGAAGGAAUGUUACAGCUGGGCUGCUGACCAGCCUACACAGGAGGAGAAAAAAGAAAACCAGGACGACACAGCCGCGCCCCGGGGUCCCAUGCCUGUACUCCUACGAGUGAUCUGGGACAGGAUCAUACUGGACGAGGCUCACGCCAUCAAGAACCACAAGUCGCAGACGUCUGUCGCUGCCUGCCAGCUGCGGGCGCACAGCCGCUGGGCCAUGACGGGAACACCCAUCCAGAACGACCUGAUGGACAUGUACUCACUGCUGCGCUUCAUGCGAUGUUCACCCUUCGACGAGAUGAAAGUGUGGAAAAAAUGGGUGGAUAACAAGACAGCCAAUGGGAAAGCCCGUCUGAACACGCUGGUGAACAGCCUGCUGCUCCGGAGAACAAAGGGACAGGAGGGGCGGGACGGUCGCCCACUGGUCAGCCUCCCACAAUGCACCAGGGUCAGUCAUGUGAUCAAGCUGUCCGAUGACGAGAGGGCCGUGUACGACAAGUUCUACCAGGAUACCAGAAAAACCUUCCAGAAUUAUCUCCUGCAGCAUGGAGAGAAGGAGAAUGUGAAGGACAGGGUCCCCCCAUCAUCAGUUGGUACAGUCCAAACUGCACCUGCAGGGGACCACAAGACUGCAACAGGACAGCAUCAAAAUGUUCCAGGAGUACAGCAGAAUGUGAAAGUGAGCCACAUCCUGGUGCAGCUGCUGAGGCUGAGACAAUGUUGCUGUCAUCUGAGCCUAAUGAAAGAGGCUGUAGACCAGGAAACCUUUGUGAACGAGGGAAUAGAUCUGACUCUGGAGCAGCAACUGAGGGAGAUGAGCCUCCAGGAUAACAACCAAGUAACAACACCUAGCAACAGUGAUGUAACCACACCUGGCAACACUGACCUGUCCAGCAAAGAUGCAGAGAAGUCCUCCAUGUUUCACUGUGACAAACCAAGUACUAAGAUACAAAAGGUUCUGGGGAUCCUGGCAGACAACAAGUCAAAGUCAACACCUGAGAAGCCAGUGAAGAGUGUGAUUGUCUCUCAGUGGACCAAAAUGCUGGACGUCAUCGGGUGGCACCUAGAGCAUGCUGGGUAUAAGUAUGUUGUGAUCCGGGGUGGGGUUCCCCCCAGGCAGAGGAUGGAAGCCAUGGAACAGUUCAACAGGAACCCCAGGGGGCCGGAGGUCCUGCUGGUGCCAUUACAAGUCGGAGGUGUUGGGCUCAACCUGAUCGGCGGCAGUCACCUGUUCCUACUGGACAUACACUGGAACCCAGCCCUGGAGGACCAGGCCUCGGACAGGAUCUACCGGGUGGGACAGAAGAACAAUGUAGUCAUCCACAAGUUUGUGUGUAAGGACACAGUGGAAGAAGAAAUCCGGGACCUCCAGAAGGCCAAGAAGAACCUGGCACAAGGAGUCUUGUCAGGUGGUGACGUUGGCAAACAGAAGCUGUCCUUGGCUGAUCUGCGACAGCUGUUUGGAUUGUAGUGACACAUGCAAGGCUGGUGGACACAUGACAAUUUAUAUAUUUAUCUAUUCUUACCUAUUUAUUCAUCAUGAAAAUUAUGGAAAAAAAAGGAUCUCCAAUAUUUAUAAAAAUGCCUACAUGUACUCGAUGUAAAGAAUAGGUUGCUGUUUAGUUUGUAAUACAAAGGCACUUCCCGCUGUCAUUAGAUAACUAUCUGAUAAAAUUGUGAAAUGAUGUGAAACAGAAUUAUGUGAAAGAAGAUUCUAUUUAAAAGAAUCACUUAGUUAGGAGUAUUUGCGUGAGGAUAGCAUGUUUUUGUUAGUGUCUAGAUUUUCUGAUGUGCCAAAUGUCCAACAUAGUGGUGCAUGUCCAACAUAGUGGUGCAGCUAUGUAUGUGGCACCAGUUAUUGUCCAUUUUUGGUCAUGUGUGCAAAAAAUAGUUCUAUGUCAAGCAGUUUAAAAAAUCAUGUAGCUAUGAUCCAGGUCCUUCUUUAUACAAAGUAUGGCAAUAAAUUUGAUGUAAAAAUAGAGUUCUCUACAAUUGACACUGCAUUUUUUGGCCUGCAUGUUUUCUACAUCCCACAAACACUAGUACCGGGGUAUCUUUUAGAGGAAGUUAGCAUCAAACUAUGCUGUAUUAUCUAAAUAACUGCUGUAUUUUGCUUAGGUAGCAACUUCCAUUACCAGAUUCAGAGAAGUUUUCUUUUUUUAUCUAAAAACUCUUACAUACAUGAUGUUAUAAUGCUCAAGGACUACAAGAAAAGUACAAGACUUUUUCCUCAAGUCCAUCCAACUUUAUUCCCACUUUCAGCUCAACAGUGCACCACAAGGGAUUCUGGGAAAGGUCAUGGUUGAAGGUUUGUCGUGCCGACAGAAAUGACACAAACUACUCACAUGACGGAAUUUCAAAAAUGAAAUAAUAAGUACGUCACAUUCAGAGAAACCAUUUGGCCAACAGUCUUAGAGGCAUCGCCACCUUUAUUUCUUAACUUGCGUUCACUCCUUCUUGGACCGUUACUUCAUUUUGUCAACACUCUUUCAUUAUCACAAUAUACACAUACAUAUCCGUCAGCAAGCUUGACAGUUUAGCCAGUAGCACAUCUUGUUUCAAAUACGCUUUAAAAGGACAAAAAUUUGUGAACCCUUCUUUGACCACCAGCAUGAGCCACAACAUCAACUCGGUCUUCACAAUCUCUGUAAUCUGUACCCUUACAUUCUUUCAUAUCCAACUUCAAAUAUCUUCACACAGUCUUUUACAGCCCUAUGUCAUGACACAUAACUGGGCAGGUUGGUCACGUGGUUAUGCAAAUAUGGAGGAGCGUUUUGAGGUGGUUCCAAUGGAAAUGUUCGGAAACAAAACCAGAAAUGUGGGAAAGAAGCGGAUGACCCUCCGUCUGCACUGUAGGCAUGUGUGGUGGAGGUUUAUUCCUCCAUGUCUUCCUCCCCCUCUUCUUCCUCAAAUUCACCCUCCUCCUCUGCAGUUGCAUCUUGAAAUGAAAGAGGGCAGU